CCAACCAGGUUGGAGAAAGCUUUCACCUUUCCGCUCCGAUGCUUCUCUUGUCUCUCUCUCCGAGUAAAAGUGUAAAACCCUCACAACUCACAAAAUAGCAACAAAAGCUCUCUCUCUCUAACGAGCAAAACCCUUAAACCUCUCUCUCUCUCUCUCUUAGAGCAAAAUACAUGCUAACUAUUUCAAGAAUGAAGUCUCUCUUAACCCCAACGUUCUUAUCCUUCUCUUCUCACCUCCCCGAAGCUACACCUCUGGCGCUGUUUUCGUUUGCCUCCAAAUCCUUGCCAUGCAACCCCACAACUUUCCAAAACCCCUGUUUCGUCCCUCUAAAACCCAUAAUCUUUUCACCCAAAUCCUCAUUUCUUUCAAUCCAAAACCGUGGAGUGCAUAUGGAGGUGGCUCCACGGUCGUCGGCCGGAGAGAUUCACGUUAUCGUCGGCCCCAUGUUCGCCGGAAAAACCACCGCGCUUCUUCGCAGGAUUCAGUCUGAGAGCAGCAACGGCAGGAGGAGCUUCGGUUCUGUUCUAGACAUAAUUCCCCUUGCUGAUUCUGUGACCAAAUUAACCGCUCGUUGCGAACUUUGUCGUAGACGUGCUUUCUUCACCUCAAGUGGGGUUAGUGGAGAUUUUAGUGAUACAGUCUUGAAUGAUAAUAAUGGGUCAGAGUCCGAGACUGAGUGGGAAAGGUUAAUUAAACCUUUCGACCUCAAAGAGCUUAGGAAGUCGCUUAUUCAAAUUAGCCCAUAUCAGCUAUGUAAAUUGCUUAAGCUCCCACUUGACGUGCCCACGUCUAUGGAGAUAUUUGAAUGGGCGGGUGCCCAGGAGGGCUACUGCCAUUCGUUUGAUGUGUAUAAUGCAUUGAUAGAUAAGCUUGGGGAGGCUGGGGAGUUUAAGGUUAUAGAUAGGUUGUUGAUGCAGAUGAAAGAAGAAAGGAUUGUUUUCAGAGAGUCCCUUUUCCUCCUGAUUAUGAAAUAUUAUGGAAGAGCUGGUUUGCCAGGGCAAGCAACUAGGUUGCUUCUGGAUAUGAGGAAUGUUUAUUCUUGUGAACCAACUUUUAGAUCUUAUAAUGUUGUAUUGGAGAUAUUGGUGGCUGGGAAUUGUCCUAAAUUUGCACCUAAUGUUUUCUAUGACAUGUUGAGUAAGGGUGUUUCUCCCGCUGUUCACACAUUUGGGGUGGUGAUGAAAGCACUUUGUAUGGUUAAUGAGGUGGAUUCUGCGUGCUCUCUCCUUAGAGACAUGAUGAAGCAUGGGUGCGUGCCCAAUUCGGUGGUCUAUCAGACUCUGAUACAUGCACUCUCUAAGAAUAAUAGAGUGACGGAAGCAUUGAAACUUUUGGACGAAAUGUUUCUUAUGGGUUGUACACCUGAUGUUCAGACCUUCAAUGAUGUUAUCAUUGGCUUUGUUAAGCUCAAUCGGAUUCAUGAGGCAGCAAAGUUGGUCGAUCGGAUGCUUCUUAGGGGUUUCUCUCCUGAUAAUAUAACUUAUGGAUUUUUAAUGCAUGGGUUGUGUAGAAUGGGGAAAGUUGAUGAAGCAAGGGCAUUGUUGAACAAAGUGCCUGCUCCAAAUGUUGUGCUCUUCAAUACCUUAAUUAAUGGGUAUGUGACCAGCGGACGGUUUGAUGAAGCCAAGGCUGUUAUUUAUAAUUUCAUGCUACAAACCGGCUGUGUACCUGAUGUUUUUACGUUUAACAUACUGGUUCGUGGACUUUGCAAGAAGGGUUGUUUGACUUCAGCUUGUGAAUUGGUUAAUGAGAUGGUGGCAAGGGGUUGUGAGCCUAAUGUGGUAACAUACACAAUAUUGAUAGAUGGAUUCUGCAAAGAAGACCAACUAGAGGAAGCUGGUGAUGUUUUAAAUGAGAUGUCAGCUAAGGGGCUUAGCCUGAAUACUGUGGGAUACAAUUGCCUUAUAUGUGCUUUGUGCAAGAAUGAAAAAGUUAAUGAAGCUUUGGAAAUGGUUGGUGAAAUGUCUCGGAAAGGAUGUAAGCCCGAUGUAUUUACAUUUAAUUCUGUAAUAUUUGGACUGUGCAAGGUCAAUAAGAUGGAAAAGGCAUUGGGAGUCUAUCGUGAUAUGUUCCUGGAGGGUGUAAUUGCCAACACUGUAACUUAUAACACUUUGAUUCAUGCUUUCCUGAGGAGAGGUGCGAUCCAAGAAGCACUUAAGCUUGUAAAUGAAAUGUUAUUUAGAGGAUGUCCCCUUGACACAAUCACCUAUAAUGGCCUAAUAAAUGCACUCUGUAAAACUGGAGCAGUUGAGAAAGGAUUGGGAUUGUUUGAAGAAAUGAUGAGUAAGGGACUGAAUAUCAAUAAUAUCUCUUGCAAUAUUUUGAUCAAUGGUCUUUGUAAAGUUGGAAAAGUACAUAAUGCUCUCGAGUUUCUAAGGGAUAUGAUUCAUCGAGGUUUGACACCAGACAUAGUCACUUAUAACAGCCUGAUAAAUGGUUUAUGCAAGAUGGGCCAUCUUCGGGAGGCUUUAAAUCUCUUUGACAGAUUACAAAUUGAAGGAAUCUGUCCUGAUGCUAUUACUUAUAACACUUUAAUCAGUUGGUACUGCAAAGAGGACAUGUUUGAUAAUGCCUGUUUACUUCUACAUAAGGGUGUGGAGAAUGGUUUCAUACCUAACAACACAACUUGGUAUUUAUUGGCCACCAAUUUUGUUAAAGAAAGUGACAAGGAGAGUCAGAUCUUUUCCUUAAUGCAGUUUUAGCUUCUAGAAGGUAGUUUUGCUCAGAAAAUUAUCUCUUCGUUUGUCCUCUUGAGUUAAGCUUCAGAAAGAGUUUUAGUUGACAUCUACACUUAUCUUCUAUUCUCAUACAAAUAUACGCUGAUUAACCUUUGAUUCUUGCUUUUGGAUAUUUUGGAUUGCACAUCCUUUGAGCUAUUUGGACCCCCUUUCAGAUUGGUGGUCACUAGUCACUUCAAUUCUUUGGAUGUAAAUGUG